AUGGUGGAAGAUAUCGUGCACAAGCCGGCGCCGAGGCAGCAGAGGAUCAAGAAAGAGCCAGAGCCAGCCACGGUUAUCGUGCGCAAGCCGGCGGCAAGGCGGCAGAGGAUCAAGGAGCCCGAGGCGGGCACGGUGCGCAGGCUUGUUCGCAUCUUUUGCGACGACCGUGACGCCACGGACUCUUCCGACGACGAGGCCAUCGGCGACCACGCGCCACGUGGAGCCCGCCACUUCAUCAGGGAAAUCCGCCUCGAUCAGCCUGCCUGUUGCAAAGGCAUGGUGUCGUCCGCGGCUCCGGCUCCCGCCGGGAAAGCUGGUGGUGUCAAAAGGAAAGCGCUGGGAGCGACGGCGGUAAUGGCGGGUGGCGCGACGGGCACGGCGGAGCGGAGGUUCCGCGGCGUGCGGAGGCGGCCGUGGGGGAAGUACGCGGCGGAGAUCCGCGACCCGCAGAAGGGCCAGCGGUUGUGGCUGGGCACCUUCGACACCGCCGAGGAGGCAGCCAGGGAAUACGACACCUUCGCGCGCCUCCUCCGCGGGCCCUCGGCAACGACCAACUUCCCCGCGCCACCGUCGCCCUCCGCCGUUCCUGCCGUGGCCGACCUUUCUUCCACUGAAGAAUCCAGCGACGAGUCGCAGCACGUGGGCUCGCCGGUCUCCGUCCUCCGCACAAUGCCGGGCGAGACGGCGGCCUGCCCUGUGCCGCUCAAACCCACGGGCGCCGCUGAUGCAGCAAGCCAGAAUUCCUCGUCCUCCUCCCACAGCGUCGACACGCCCUGCGGCGGCCUCUACCCGUUCUCCGCCGACGCGCUCCUCCCGCACGACGACGACGUGUUCUUCCCCGGCGUCGUCCCCUUCGGCGAGCCGGCGCCCGGCGCACUGUUCGACGACUUCAUGAUGCCGCAGCUCGACUAUGUCGCCAGCUCGUCCCCGCUUGACCUCGGUGACCUCCCGAUGUGGCCGGGCGUGGACGGCAGCUGCUUCAGCGACAUCAGCGACGAUCUGUUCGCCGCCGAGCCUGUCCCUGUGCUGUGA